AUGGAUUCCCCCCGCGGGGAUUCUCCCGCUGGCUCCGACCACGAGCCCAGAGGCUCAAGCUCGUCCGAGAACGAUCCCAAGAAGCUCCCUGAUGACUUACCCAAGUCUUUGGACGACCGUCGCUCGUUUCCGGCUAUCCAGCAGGAAACGGAGAUGUACGAUGCAUGGCAAGGACAAUCCCAAUUCCUCACUCCUGUCGCCGCAAAACCCCUCAGCUUCAGCCUCGCUUUAGAUGAUCAUUCGCAUGACAACGACCAUACGACGCACGCACAAUACGGACACAGUUUCGUGCGUUCCACAGAUGAUGACAACGAAUCUACAACCACAGCUCGGCUGGAAGACAGCGAUGCCCGGUUAAUGGAGAUGCUUGCCGCGCAGGCUGCGCAUCGCGAAGUGGAUUCACUGGAUGCGGAUGAAGAGGCGAUUGCAACGGAUGAAAAGAUGACGGAGGACCGGAAAAGGGAAAUAUUACAACGGAGUUUGAAUAUCGCUGCUAGUAAUGGUGAUGUUGAGCGUGUAAGGAAAUUGGUACAGGGGAAGGCGAAGGAUUACGUUGAUGUGAACAUCUCCGAUGAGGAGGGAACAGUGCCGUUGAUUUAUGCUAGCUGUUUUGGACACCAAGAUGUUGUUUCAGCGCUCCUUGAUGCAGGAGCCCAUGUUGAUCAGCAAGAUCGAAAUCAAUGGAGUGCAUUGAUGUGGGCUAUGACGAAUCGUCACAAAACGAUAGCGAAAAUCCUGCUGGAUCACGGUGCGUCGCCUAAUAUUAAGUCCUCGUCGGGAGGCACUGCGUUCGACUUUGCUCAGCCUGGGAGUGAGAUAUCGGAGUACCUUCAUGAGAACGGCUAUAGUUUUGGACCGAGCGCGAUAGAGGACGAUUUCUACGACUCGGGGUUUGCACAUGGCCGCUUCGAGGAGGAAUUUGCAGAAAACGAAAUGAAGCGGCGUAUGAUGAUGGAGGAAAGUGCGAUUAAUCUAGAGGUUGAUUUGUCAAGUUUGGGGCUGGAUGAGAAAUUCGAUUCGCAGGAUGAUGAAGAAACGGAGGAGGAACAGCAGGAGUUUAUAUGGGAUCGAUGUUUGAACGACCAGAUGUUCGUCUUCCAAGAGAAUGAGCUAGAGCGAAUACUCGAUAUCAUCAUCACCAACAUGACUCCGCAGCGAUCCCCGUCUCAGAAACCAGUUCCAGCAAAUCUGCUCUUCCUCAGCGCGCGCUAUGCUCACUACCAUGCUAGCCCAGAACUACUGGCAACAUUGUUGGUUUCGGCAACUGACAAGAUAAAUGACGUUGUCGAACGGUAUCAGUGGGACAUGACCAUUCUCGCAUUCUGGAUCUCAAAUGCCACUCUUCUCCUUCAUUACCUAAAGAAAGAUGGGGGUCUGGUCGAGUCAACGGUGGAAUUUCAGCUCCACUUAGCCGAACUUAUCAACGAGAUCUUUAUUCUGAUUAUCCGUGACGCUGAACGCCGGAUGAACAAAGUUCUGGAUGCGGCGAUGCUAGACCACGAAACUAUCCCAGGACUCGAUGACAUCCCUUUCCAGAACGAAUGGAAGCUUUUCCGCUCUAAAAACAAAAAUAAGGCCCCGGAACCGGCUGAUAAGAAGUUCAGACCUCCAUCUCCAAGACGCCGAGCGCAGAUUUCACCGCGCAACAUCACCUCUCUCCUAUCAUCAACGCUAUUUGUCUUGGACCUCUAUGAUGUGCACUCAGUCAUUACCACACAAAUACUUUCACAGCUCUACUACUGGUUGGGAGCAGAAAUCUUCAACCGGAUCCUCUCUACAAAACGAUACCUCGCGCGAACCAAGGCUAUGCAGAUUCGCAUGAACGUGUCGACACUAGAAGAUUGGGCUCGUACCAACAAUCGUCAACCGGAACAUUAUGAGAACGGAUCAACCACAUGCACGGGGGAUAGCACGAUGGAUUCCGCACGUAAACACCUGGCGCCUGUUAUUCAGCUUCUGCAGUGGCUGCAGUGCUUCUCCUCGCUAGGUGAGGACUUCGAGUCCCUUGUGCAUACCCUCCUUCAAUUGCAGGAUCUCAGCCCGGCCCAGCUUCUUCAUGCGGUCAAGUCUUACCGGCCAGAAGUGGGAGAGAAAACGCUUCCCAAAGCCGCGAUGAAAUUCCUGGUAGAGCUCCAACGCGACCCAGAGUUGUUGUUCCGGGAACAGUUAAGGCUCGUUCAGAUAAAAGCCGAUUCCCUGGCCCCGACAUCAGCACCGACCGAGGAUGGUCGUCCGCGAACUCCAAGCCAAGAGCGUGGUCCUUCUGCAUCUUCUGUGUCCGGAUCGCCCAACGCUGCGGCUUCCAUUAAAUCACCCGGGUCGAGCGUUGCGUCCCCGCGACUGGGAGCAAGCUCUCGGGUGGACGAACGUAGCAGUGCAACCACAGUUUUCCUGGACCCGGCACUCACUCUUCCCUUUUCCUUACCGACAAGCACGGACAUGCUGAUCAGUUACGGUGCAGGAUGGGGCGGGACCAACCGAGAACGGGCGCGCAAGUACAUCCCGACAGUCCCGCCAGAAGUACUGACACGAUUUGACCGUGAUGCCUGA